AUGGCCGGCAAGAAGCUGUGCAAGCUGUGCGACAGGAAGGCUUUCCUGCGCAGAGUCCUGAAAAAGGACAAAGUGCAGGCCACACAAGAGGCCUUUCAGGCGGCCAAGAAAACGCUGCCCAGGCCGGGCCAUGUAUCCAGGGCCGCAAAAGCUGCAGAGGGCCAGGCGGCACUCGCCGACGCUCCCGUGCUGCCACGCGCUGAGCAGGCACAGCUCCAGGAGAUGCCAGCCCCCAAUGCGCCGGCAUCCGCUUACGUUUUCCCCAUCGCGCUUCGAUCUGAUCGAGGUUUCAUGUUCGAGAGGGAGUUGGACCAUGGACGUCAGACUGAGAUCUCGUGGCGCAAAGGUGAAGAUCACGCGAAGGCAACACGCAGAUCUGCUUGGGAGAACAAGGCCGGCACGACUGCCAUUGGCAAGCUUGGGAGGCGUGGGGAGCGUGCAGUCGGACCGGCUCUUAGCUAUUGUCGUCGUAGCAUCGCUGCAGAAGCUUCGGGCCACGGGCGGGCCUGCGAGGCCAGCAGCUCCCUGGAAGCUGAACCUUGCAACACGGCGAGCUGUUGGACAAUGACGGAGGUUUGUGCUUGGUCAGAUUGGGAAACCUACGGCCAGUGCUCCAGGUCCUGUGGCAGCGGCCAGCAGACGCGAAACCGACAGAAGACUUGGCAUUCCCCCGACGCGGCCAAGGAGCUGGGAUUGGUGCCCUCCCGCAGAUUGUCAGCUCUGCAGGUACAGUGCACCGGUCGGCAGAGGGAGAUCAGGCCAUGUGGCUUGAUGCCCUGCACUUUGGCAGAAGCUCCGGUGAAUUGCCAGUGGCGGCACUGGACCCACUGGACCGACUGCGGCUGCUCUGGAUUGCGCACACGGGAGAGGAUGGUUGAAAUGCAGGCUUUGCGAGGCGGCAUUCCCUGUGUCGGUGCAUUGGAGGAGAGCGACAGUUGCGAGCCUUCGGUGACGUGCGCAUCGCUGAACGUGGACUGUGAGUUUGGGCACUGGACUUCCUGGAGUGCCUGCAGCGUGACGUGUGGUACUGGUCAAAGAUACCAUACCAGGACUGUGAUCGUGCACGCGCAGGCGUCGGGACACCGGUGUGAUGGCGGCAUGGAGGAGGUGGAAGCCUGUAUCAUGGAGCCCUGCGGUGCAGCACGGGAUUGCUCCUACACAGAGUGGAGCACUUGGAGCGACUGCAGCCGAAACUGCGGUGGCGGCCAUCGGAGUCGUUCCCGCGACGUCUGGCGUACCGCGAAGAAUGGUGGAGCCCAGUGCCCCAAGGCCGACCUGGAGGAAACCGGCGAGUGCAAUACCCAGGACUGCGUGGCAAAUGCUUGGGGCAAGAUCGACUGCACUUGGAGCACAUGGUCUUCUUGGCGAUCCUGUUCCACCUCCUGUGGCAUGGGCGAGGCGAGAAGAACUCGGAUCAUCGUGCAGCAGGCGGCCCACUCUGGGCAACCUUGCAGCGGAUUCUACCAGGAGUUCCGCAAGUGCCAAGAGAAGCCCUGCGAGCAGAAAGAUUGUCAGUUCUCCGCCUGGGAAUACUGGAGCAGCUGCUCCGACAGGUGUACGGGCCAUCGCCAACGAAGGCGCAGCAUCGAACAACAGGCCAUUGGAGAUGGAGCCGCCUGCAGCGGCUCCACGAACGAGCUCCGCCCCUGUGGCGCAAGGCACGAUACCUUCUGCCUCAGCUCCGGUGAUGCCGUCGACUGUACCUUCGGCGACUGGUCUCCAUGGUCCGAUUGUUCCCGAGAGUGCGGCGGUGGCCAGCACUUGGCGACGCGACAGGUCCUGCGCCACGCCGAAGGGGCCGGAUCCCCGUGCUCAGGGGCGCUGCAGCGCGUGCGCGCCUGCAAUCUCGUCUACUGUCCAGGUGACGAGCCCAUUUCUUGCGAACUCGGGGACUGGAAUUCCUGGCGGCCUUGCACCGCCAGCUGUGACGGUGGAGAGCGGAGAAGAGAAAGGUUCGUCAAGACGGAGCCCAGGAAUGGCGGCACACCCUGUGCCGACUCAUUCACGAGCCAGGUCCGCCCGUGCAACACCCAGCCCUGCAGCUCAGGGCUGUGUGCCUGGACCCAUUGGACGAUUUGGGGCAAGUGCUCCGAACCAUGUGGCGACGGGGAGCGAACCAGGACGCGCUCCAUGUACCUGCCAGACUUCCAGUCCCUGGAGGCGAAGGACACUGGACUUCGGGCAUCUCUUCUUCCGAACCUAGGCACCCCACAGCUUGAGUUCGUGAGCUUGGUUCUGGUAGGCUCGCUUGCCGUGUUUUGGUCCCUGCUUCCACGCCGAUCGUUGCCGCGGCGCCGGGAGGAGGCAAGCUAUAUGCCGCUCAGCACGCGGGAUGUGGAGGAGGCCUGA